AAUAGGAUGUUACGGGAAUCACUUGAAAGCAACAUUAGGUCUGAUCUAACUAGGUUACGUUUGCGUCCCGGGGCAAGCACCCUGUUGAAGUUAUCCUGAGAAGAAGUGUGGAAGUGGCUUGUACCUGUUUUCUGGAUUGCACUACCAAAUAUUAUAGCCAGUUAAUGUGUGGACAUUAUUAACAGAACUACAGGCCAGUUGGGCUAGUUGUAGCUUACUCCGGGGAGGGGAGGAUAAGAAGUAGCAGGUGCUUAUGGUUGGAGGGGGGCGCAAAUGGCUAUAGCUGCAUUUGGAGCUCGGCCCUACUGACUGGAGGGGUGGCGAGAAAAUGAGAAAACCUAGGGCAAACUCCACCUUACCGGCGAAUCGGUAACAUAUUUGAGGAAUCGAGCUACGUGGUUUGGGGACGAAGUAUGCUUUCCCAUUUCAAGAACAGUGUGUUAAUCCUAGGGGAAAUCCGCAGCGUGUUGUCCCGUUUGUCAGCGUGCGAACACGGAGAAAGUGCACGCUAAUUUACCUCAACUUAAAACGUGCCAUUCGCCCUUUAUGCUUGUUGUAAAGUUUUUGGAGAAAACAACGCGGUGGGUAGAUGGUGAGACUCUAGCACAGCUUUUCAAAAUAUCUCUGGAAUAGGGGAGGUAAUGGAAAAGAAGAACAAGGCGACUAACCGGACCCGCUCCGCCGCCGACGGUAAAGCUGAAGACAGAGUGGACAGAGUGGAUCCAUAUGGCUUUGAGCGCUCAGCGGACUUUGAUUAUGAGUCAUAUGAAGAAAUCAUGUCUGAGUAUCUAGUUGUGCUCACCCGGCGCUCUAUCAAGUGGUCCAAACUACUGAAGGGCAAAAGAAAGGUGCAGAAGAAUGUAAAAUUAAAGCGUUACGUCCGUAAGGGCGUUCCCAAUGAGCACAGGGCUCUGAUCUGGAUGGCAGCCAGUGGAGCUCAAGACCAGCUAGAGAAGAAUCCGUACUACUAUCAGUCCUUGCUUGGAGCCCAGCAUGACCCCAAACUAGUGGAAACUAUCCGCACAGACUUGAACAGAACAUUUCCAGACAACAUCCAUUUUCGCAAGGCAGCCAAUCCAUGUCUACAGAAAGCUCUGUACAAUGUGCUGCUGGCUUAUGGUCACCACAAUCCAGCUGUGGGCUACUGUCAGGGCAUGAACUUCAUAGCUGGGUAUCUACUUAUUAUCACAAAAGAUGAAGAGAAAUCCUUCUGGCUGAUGGAUGCACUCCUCUGCAGAAUUUUACCAGACUACUAUAGUCCAGCCAUGCUGGGCCUGAAGAUGGACCAGGAGGUGUUAGGGGAGCUGGUGAAACUUAAAAUUCCCAAUGUGUGGCAGACCAUGGUGGAUCACAAUGUCAUGUGGAGCCUGGUGGUGUCCCGAUGGUUCAUUUGCCUCUACAUAGACAUCUUGCCAGUAGAGACUGUUCUGCGCAUUUGGGAUUGCCUGUUCUAUGAGGGCUCAAAAAUCCUGUUCCGUGUAGCUCUGACACUGCUUCAGCACAACCAAACUCAGAUUGGACAGGCCCAGUCACUGCCAGAUGUCUGCCAAAUCUUCAAGCAGAUCACCUGUGGACCACUUGUUGAUGAAUGCCACACUUUCAUGAAGAAAAUCUUCACUGCACCAGGGAGUUUCCCCAUGGCAACCUUGACUAAGCUGCGAGCAUUGUGUCGAUCUCGCAUCAUUGCUGAGGAGUCAUGAUACAGACUGACCACCUAUUGCUCAAACUCACUAUACAUUCCACUGGAAGAAGCGACGAGCAGCUUGUUUGUACCUUUUUUAACUGACUUGUCACACUGAAUCCUACAUGUAGCAUUUAUCUUAAUCUUGUUUUGAGACAGCCAUACAACCUAAAUGCAACUAUAAUCAAGAUUUAGUUUUCAAAUAUGAUGAGAAUAUUUCUAACAAUAUGCUGUAUGAACUGACUGUUCCAUUGGAAAUUAACAUGUAGUUUGUUGUAGGUGAAUAUUUUUUGUUAAUAUGCUGAAUUUGCACUUUACUCCAGAAUGUCAGAGACCCUGAGGAGAAGAUGCUUGGCAGCAAGUGGCCAGUUCAGAUACGUGUUGCACGCUGCAAAUACAGCUAGGAAGAACCUGCCUCCUCUAUUUCACAGUUGUCUUACUCACAAAUAUCAUGGACUGUUAACUAAUUGGGCAUUUGACUGUUAAAUGUCAGUGACAGAACAUGCUGCAACUAAUCCAAUGUGAAUAUUACUGAUUUCAUAAUAGAAACUUUAAGCAUUUCA